ACUGCGCAUGUGCAAAAUCAGGCUUCCGUAAACAGACGAAAAUGUCAAAUUUGUCAUUAAGUCGCAGUCAAACGUUCAGAAAUCCAGACGAAGAUUUUAUUUUACAUGGUCAACGGUCAUCUUAUUGGGAAAAACCAGACUAUGCUACCAACUCCCAGCUUACCAGCACUUCAGAGAGGCUUUGUCAACAGAUGAAGUUUAUCCCGGAAAAGUAUGAGGACAAACGUGGCACUCUACGAAAUCUGGCAACCAAACUCGACCGAGUAAGUCAGGAACUGACCAACACUUUCUCCCGAAGUGUUACGUUUAACGACAGCAUGGUGAGAAAACCCUCAGUGGAAGAAAUAGUUCGGAUUGACCACUUGUAUGAUCAGGAGUUUCCAGAGGCUAAACUGUCACAGUUUACCCCAUCCAUCUCUAGGUCUGACAAAUCAAAGUUUUAUCAAACUGAUGAUUAUACAUGGAAAGAAAGAAGAGACUUUCCUUUAGCAACUUAUGAUUCAUUAGCAAAAAAAUAUUAUCCAGUAACCUUUAGUGCUAUGCUUGAGGAAGAAAAACUGAAGGAUCAGCUGAUGAGGUCCCAGUGUUCAUCAGCUCCAGCGACAGGAAGGAGACACGCCUACACGAGAGCUAAGUCAGCACUGCAGAAACUGAGGCAGUCAGCUGACGAUGACAGAUAUCUAAAGUACAAGACAAAGAAGUUCCAGAUGAUUGAGAGAGAUGAUGCUGAGAAAUUGUAUUCACUGUCCUCCAAUGCACCAACAAUUGCUUCAGCAAAUGGUAUGCUUAUUACCCCAUACGAUGAAGACAUUGCCACGCUACGAUGGAGUCGACUUCGCCUUGAGGAGGAGAGACUGCUAGAAUUAAAGAAAUUAGAAGAAAUAGAAAGACUAAGACCCCCAAGGGAAAAAUGGUAUGAAUCUACAGGAACAGAUUUCCAUUAUGAAUGUCACAAAAAUACAGAGCUGGAAAAAACAGAACAAAAAUGGAGGGAUACAACGAAGAAAAUAGAACGCAAUGAAACCUUAAUGAAAUCUCUAUCCCAAAUAUGUGUAUAAAUAGAGUGUCCAAUCUGGACCCACACCAGAUGUAAAUGACCCAUGGAUAUCUGUCAUGUAAUAGGAAUUAAUUAGAUCAGAGGGUAGUAAGAUUUUUUAUAUUAAUAUCCAACCCUUAAGAACCCAAGUGAAUUUUUUUUUUUUUUUUUUUUUUGCUUUUGUAGAGCUUAUAUUUGACACCCUUUAAUGCAGGAAUUAGUUAGUUUCAGCUGUUGAAAGUUGGUGUG